UCACACUCUUUGAUUAGGCCAAAGAGAAUAUCAUAUACAAAGAGACAAAAACAUCAAUACUUGGCCGCCAUGGAAGCCGAUGCACAGACCCUUGGUCUCUCUCUCCCAGUACCCAGCGUCCAGCAGCUAGUCAAAGACAACCCGAACGCGGUUCCGAGCCGGUAUAUACGCGACGGCGUCGAAUCUCCGGCGUCUGCGAAAUCGUUAACCGCCGUAAAUAAUGUUCCGGUGAUCGACAUGCAAAAAUUAGUGUCUGAGGAUUCAGAGGAGUUUCAGAAGCUUCACUUGGCCUGCAAAGAUUGGGGUUUCUUUCACCUUAUCAAUCAUGGAGUGAACGGUUCAUUAGUGGAGGAAGUAAAACGCGAGAUCAAAGGAUUCUUUAAUCUGCCAUUGGAAGAGAAGCAGAGCAAGUAUGGGCAAGCGGAAGGGGACACAGAUGGGUUCGGUCAGCUCUUCGUUGUGUCUGAGGAACAGAAGCUUGACUGGGCAGAUAUGUUUUACCUUAAAACUUUGCCAGCCAACAUAAGAUCGCCUAACGUUUUUCCAAAGCUACCAGAAGCCUUCAGGAAUACUAUAGAAGCAUACUCAGUCGAAAUGCACAAGCUUUCCAUGAAGGUUUUAUGCUUUUUGGCAAAAAAUCUGGGAAUAAAAUCAGAAGAAAUGAGUAUGCUUUUUGAAGAAGGUAUGCAGUCAAUGAGGAUGAACUACUAUCCACCAUGUCCUCAGUCAGAGCUUGUAAUGGGCCUCAGUCCUCACUCCGAUGCUGGCGGCCUAACUAUACUCCUUCAAGUCAAUGAAACAACAGGUCUCGAAAUUAAAAAAGAUGGAACUUGGUUUCCUGUUGUCCCUAUUCCUAAUGCUUUCGUUGUUAAUGUUGGAGAUUGCGUGGAGAUCUUCUCGAACGGAAUUUAUCGCAGCAUUGAGCAUAGAGCUUUAGUAAGUACAAACAAAGUGAGGAUAUCUAUUGCAACAUUUCAAAGUCCGAGGUUGGAUAGUGAGUUAGGUCCAUCUACGAGCCUUAUAAACACUCAAAACUCAGCAAAGUUCAAAAGGGUUAGUGUCCCUGAUUUUUUCCGUCUGUUUUUUGGGCGUAAAUUGGAGGGCAAAUCUCAUGUAGAUGUCUUGAGGAUUGGCAAUGACUGACGACAAGUACUACAUUCAAUCUUGUCGUCAAAUGUGUUUCAAAUUAUUUAAACUCGUGACAAUUUGAUGUUAUAUGAAAUUAAAGUGGAUUAUAUUUGUAAGUUUGGGUGGUUUUUCUUGUUGCAAGUUUUUGAACGAUUAUGUUUCUAAUUUAAUAUAAUGUUAGUGCUUUUGUGAGUUUGGUUA